UAGCACGGAUUGCUCAUCCGAUCUGUGCAGCCGCAGCCAGUGUGUCAAGUUACAGAGGCGCCGGAAUCGGCCCCAGCGCUCCUCGCAGCGGCCGCGACCCACCUCUGCCCAUGGGGCCCUCUGCGCGCGCCCCUUCGCUCCGGGACUGAAACUGGCUCGCCGCCGGGAGACGCGAGGCACCAAGAGCAGGGACCGUGCAGAAGCCACUCGAGGGCUCUGCGGAUACUUGAAGGGAAAGGCGGGCGGAGAGGAGGAGUGCCGACCGGUUCCUCUCACUUUCCUGGACUUGGAACACCCUUCGAAGUAACUUUUUCUCACCUGGGCGUACCCCGAUCGCCGCUGGUUGUGUUUUCUCGACUUUCCCCCGCCUGCUGCUAAUUUUUCCAUCCUCUUUGCCGGGAGCAAAGGAAAGGAGCCUUUUCCAGGACACAAGCCCUUCACCCCCGUCCCGCAGCUUGGAUCGAGCCUUUGGGCAGCGGCUCUCGCCCUUAUUUAUUCUAUUUAUUUAUUUAUUGGUUCCCAAGACGCGAGGGGAUGGUAGCGGAGCGCGCCCGCAAAGCGGCAGCGGCGGGUGCCCGCGGCCCCGGGGAGCGGGGCGCUCCGGGGACACUGGCGCUGGCCGUGGCGCCGGCGGAGCGCUGCGCGCGGCUGCCGAGCCCGGGCUCGUGCGGGCUGCUGGCGCUGGCGCUCUGCUCGCUGGGGCUGAGCCUGCUCGCCCACUUUCGGACGGUGGAGCUGCAGGCCCGGGUGCUGCGCCUGGAAGCCGAGUGCGGGGAGCAGCAAAUGGAGACGGCUAUUUUGGGACGAGUCAACCAACUGCUGGAUGAGAAAUGGAAGCUCCACUCUCGGAGGCGCCGAGAAGCCCCGAAGACGUCUCCGGGGUGUCACUGCCCACCAGGACCUCCUGGUCCUAUUGGAAGACCCGGCCUCCCGGGGGACAAAGGUGCCAUUGGGAUGCCCGGACGUGUGGGAGUAAAGGGCCAACGAGGCGAGAAGGGGGCCCCAGGAGAUGCCGGGAUGUCCAUCAUCGGGCCCCGAGGCCCCCCUGGCCAGCCGGGCACCCGAGGGUUUCCUGGAUUCCCGGGUCCCAUUGGGCUGGACGGCAAACCGGGCUACCCCGGACCCAAAGGAGAGAUGGGCCUGGCGGGUCCCCGAGGACAGCCGGGGCCCCAAGGAGAAAAAGGAGAAAAGGGUCAGUGUGGAGAGUACCCGCACCGGCUGCUGCCUCUCCUCAAUUCAGUGCGACUGGCUCCACCCCCAGUCAUUAAAAGGCGGACCUUCCAGGGUGAACAGGGCCAGGCCGGUAUCCAAGGCCCACCAGGGCCUCCAGGCCCCCCUGGACCAAGUGGACCCCUGGGGCAUCCGGGACUGCCAGGGCCCAUGGGGCCACCUGGCUUUCCUGGGCCUCCUGGACCGAAGGGAGACCCAGGGAUCCAGGGCUACCAUGGCCGGAAGGGAGAACGGGGGAUGCCGGGGAUGCCAGGCAAACACGGAGUGAAGGGGGCUCCUGGCAUCGCCGUGGCGGGGAUGAAGGGAGAACCAGGAACCCCAGGAGCCAAGGGUGAGAAGGGCGCCGCGGGCCUUGGCCUCCUGGGGCAGAAGGGAGAGAAAGGCGAUUCUGGCAACUCCAUUGGAGGAGGCAGAGGGGAGUCCGGCCCCCCAGGACUCCCCGGGCCCCCAGGGCCAAAGGGAGAAGCUGGUGUCCAUGGCCAGGCCGGCCCCCCCGGAAAGCAGGGGGACAAGGGGGACCCUGGAGCGCCUGGAGAACAGGGACCAGCUGGCCCCAAGGGCUCCAAGGGAGAGCCAGGGAAAGGAGAGGCGGUGGAGUGCAACUCCAGCAUCAACGAGGCGCUCCAGGGGCCCCCUGGUCUUCCCGGGCAGAUCGGCCCACCUGGAGCUCCAGGGAUCCCAGGCCAGAAGGGGGAGAUUGGACUGCCAGGCCCUCCAGGCCACGAUGGAGAAAAGGGACCUCGAGGCAAACCAGGAGACAUGGGCCCUCCUGGUCCCCAAGGCCCCCCAGGAAAGCCUGGGCCUGCAGGAAUAAGGGGAGAAGACGGACAUCCGGGGAGCCCGGGAGAGAAAGGCGAGAAAGGGGAGACGGGGCAGGCAGGCUCACCGGGUCUAGAUGGCCCAACUGGGGAGAAAGGAGAACCAGGUGGCCCAGGGAGACCCGGAACGACAGGAUUGCCUGGCCCCAUCGGGCUCCCGGGAUUUACAGGGGAGAAAGGAGAGCCUGGGGAAAAGGGUGACCCAGGAGUAGAGGUUCCUGGGCCACCGGGGCCAGAGGGGCCUCCCGGAUCUCCGGGGCUCCAAGGCAUUCCUGGACCAAAGGGGGAAGCAGGACUCGAUGGGGCAAAAGGAGAGCCGGGUGUCCAGGGAGAAAAAGGAGACCGAGGUCCUCUGGGAUUGCCCGGUACUCCAGGACCAAUUGGAGUUCCAGGCCCAGCCGGACCAAAGGGUGAGAGGGGCAGCAAAGGCGACCCUGGGAUGACAGGACCAACGGGAGCAGCUGGGCUUCCGGGUUUACAUGGACCACCCGGGGACAAAGGAAACCGGGGGGAGAGGGGGAAGAAAGGCUCUAGAGGGCCUAAAGGGGAUAAGGGAGACCAAGGAGCGCCUGGAUUAGAUGCCCCCUGCCCGUUGGGCGAAGAUGGCUUACCAGUCCAGGGCUGCUGGAACAAGUGAUGCCUCUAACCUGGGAUUGGCCUGUGUGUGUGUCUGUACAUAGAAUAUUUAUUUUUAUACAGUUUUUACUUUUGGAAAGUGCCCGAAGUAUGAUGCAUCUUACAGAUUAUUA